CCGGAGUUUCACCAAGGGUCCCCGGUGUGCAUGGGGGCGCCGCCGUUUUCCCGGCUAGCGGUGCUUAUAUUCGGAAUCGUCAACUAUAUUAACCGCAAUUCCUUCCCACCCAGUUCCAUGCUUCCCAAUUCACAUCCUCUUCCACCACGGCCCAAACCAGUCAAUUCAAUAUGUCGCCCAAGACUUUCAUCGUCACCGGUGCCUCGCGAGGCAUCGGUCUCGCCGUCUCCAAGUUCCUGCUCAACGCGCCGCAAUCCCACAACGUGGUCGUGAUCGCUCGCAGCCUCGAACCCCUCCAGAAGCUGAAAGACGAGUACACGAAGCAAGUCGAAGUGCUGAACGGCGAUCUUGCCGAUUUCUCGCUCGGUCAGAAAGCCGUCGAUCUGGCGCUCAAGUCGUUCGGCCGUCUGGAUGGCAUGGUCCUCAACCACGGCGUGCUCGGACAGGUGGGCAAGAUUGCUGAGGCGGAUCCCCAGCAAUGGAAGGAGGGAUUUGAUGUCAAUUUCAUCAGUUUGGUGGCUUUUGUGAAAGCUGGCCUUCCUGCGCUUCGUGAGGCCAAGGGCAGAAUCGUCUUCACUUCGUCCGGCGCUUCCGUUACGGGCUACCCGGGAUGGGGUCUGUAUGGCGCGACCAAGGCGGCCAUGAACCAUCUCUGCCUAACUCUUGCCGGAGAGGAGGCCGAUGUGACGUCCAUUUCGAUCCAGCCGGGCCUGGUCAACACCGAAAUGCAGCGAGAGAUUCGCGAAGACCACGCCACCACUCUGCCGUCGCACUUCCACGCGAAAUUCACUACGGCCCACAAGGAAGGACAAUUGCUGCGACCCGAGCAACCCGGACAUGUCAUGGCCAAGUUGGUCAUUGAUGCACCCAACUCGUUGAGCGGCAAGUACCUCCGAUGGAGCGAUGAAUCCCUUGCAGCCUUCCAAGAAUAGAUUACUAGAGAAGAUAUCUGUACAUGACAGUUAGUAUAUACCGCAAUAAACAUUUUCACGACAUAUAAGCAGCAUGAUUGGGUAAUAAUCAGCCGAAAGAUGAAAAGCAAUACAUUUUAGAAGCAUUAGGUGCAGAGCACCUUCAUACUUAGCAUGGAAUGUGUAGGGUGUUCAUCAUAUUACGAAAGGAAAAAACAGUGUCCAAGUAUUCUCCGUACCUUUUGAUUCUUCAUUUAUUAUUGCAACUGAAAUCGCUACCUCCCACCAAUCGACAUGCAUUCGACUUUUCUCAAGCAAAAAGACAUAUGGAUGAAAGGAGAUAUGGCUUGUGAUUCCUAAAAUUCUUGGAGCAAGUCAGUAAAGAUCAUCACAAUGACUUGGCAGUAAACAAAUGAAUGUAAGGAUUUUAUCAGUGAGUCCGUUUGGCUAGGACAGUGUAGGUCACCACAGAAGGUCUGAUAGGGGCGACAAGCAAUGUUCAUCAUGGUAAAAAAAAUCAAGAACUGGGCAGAUGUGAGGAACGUACCAUUACUACAGUUAGUGAUCACAUUGGCUGUGUGUGAAAAUUUCCUCGAAUCCUCAACAUGAAAGGAUUCCAGCCAGAUUUCGGCUGUUUUUGUUGUGGGAAAAGUAAUU